GUCUACAACCAUUUUGGAACUUUCUACUUCAGAGUUUCCAUCUGCUGUUUGGACAGCCAUCUGACUGCGCCCAGAGCACUUCUUCACAUCGCAGAUUCUGCCAUGGGUUGUGGGCUACGAAAGCUGGAAGAGCCUGAUGAUAGUAGCCCUGGCAAAAUAUUUUCUACUCUGAAGAGACCACAAGUGGAAACAAAGAUUGAUAUUUCAUAUGAAUACCUUUUGCUGGAUUUUACUUUAGAUAUUGGUUCAGCAAACCCAGAUGUUAUUAAGAUCUCCUCUCUUCUGGAUCUUAAUUCCAAAUUGGAAGCAUACUACAAGAGAGGAUAUGUUGUUGUCACUAUCCACCCUACAGUUCUUUCUAUGGGGCAAAGAAAACGAUCUCCACUGAGUUACAUUUAUAGAGUUAUAUUAACUAAAGUAAGAUCAGGUAUAAAGACGUCAGAACAAGGAGAACCAAGACACUUAAAGCUAGUUGUUGAAGAAUGGUCUGUGAGCAAUCAAACACUUACCAUUGAUGUUGUAAAAGGACUGUUAGAAAAGGUGAAUGACUUAACUAAGAAAGGAAUGAGGUUUGUCGGAUUUUUAAAUCCACUCAGUACCCAUUCAAAGGCCUGCAAUGGUACAAAAUCAUCAAGAGAACUAGAUGCAGAUUUGGGACAGGAUGUUGACCUUAAAUUGCCAGAUCAACAAAAGCAAAACCCCGAUAACCAUAUAAAGUGCAGUGAGGAGACUUUUACCAAAAAGCCAAUGGAAUUUGCAACAGAAAGAGAACACUGUUGCAGUAAAGUCACUGAUGUUUUAGAGAAUAGACCAGCUCCAGAGGAGGAUCUUUUGCAUGGAAGAGAGAAAAGGAUUGGAAACGAAACCUGUCCUUGCAGUGAACCAAAGGAAGAUUUCAAACUGUUUGCUGUGUUCAAUGUGUCGGAUGAAGACUUCAGUGAACGGUCCUACCAUGAAGGCAAUAUAUCACUCAGAGUAACAAGGAAGGGCCAAACCAUUUGUACCCUGGAGGCAGAUUGGUUGGAAAUCACAACAUCUUAUUAUAAAAGUGGGAUGUCGUUGGUUGAUUCAUUCAUAGUUUGGGAAACAAUGAAAGGAGACUACUUGUCCAAGUCUGUGGAUGGAAUAUUUAUUUAUGAGGAACAUCAUUUGGGGGCUUUUGAGUCAAGCAAGAUACCAAAUGAUGCAAUUGUUGUUGAACAGUGGACUGUCAUUGAGGGUUGUGAAGUAAAGACUGAUUAUGGUCCUUUGCUGCAUACACUGGCAGAGUUUGGAUGGCUGGUUACUUGUGUGCUGGCCACACCUAUCAUUCGCCAUGACAGUGAAGGAAAUUUAGCAACAAAACAAGUGAUAUUCUUGCAGAGACCUGCCAUAACCAACAAUGAUCUAAGUCUAAAACCAUUAGAGAAAAGAUCUACUCGGCAAGCAAGUGAAAGAACCAAAAAUUGGAACAGAAAUGUGGGUGUGACCACCGGUAAAAACAAGCAUUCAGAAACAAAGUCUCCUGAAGAUUCUUGCACCACUUCAGAAAUCAAUUCACAUCAAUAUGGAGGCAUUUCAGGCAUGAGUCAUAUUGAUAGUGUUUCCAAAGACUUGGAUGAUGGGCAGCUGGAUCAAGAGGAAGAAACAACUCAGGUUACCUGCAUAUAACAUUGCAGAAUUCAGAUCUGUAUUGAAGACAACAGUUUAAAGAAAGCAGACUUUCCAGAGUAUAAUAUGAUUGAUAAUAGCUAAUGGCUUUGCAAGAUGUGAUUUUUGUUUUUGUUCUGUAUGAAAGUGUGCUCUUUUUUAAACAUUUUCUAUAAUCCUACAGGGAAUAAAAGUAUUAACAAAUAUUUCAGUUCUCGGGAUUUAUGCAAACAGAUCCAGGCUUCUUUAGCAAAGUAGAACUGUUGAUUACAAUUUGCUAUCAGAAAGAGCUUCACCUGAUGAUUUAAAAUUACGUUCAACAAAUUUAGGAAAGCCAUAGCAAAGCAUAUUUACAGAUGUUUAUAUUUACUUUUAAAUUCUCAAGUAAUAUUUUUGUUACUUUUUCUAUUUGUAUGUGCUAAUUUUUAAAAAUCAUUUGUUACUUUUUUCCUGUCAUUUUUCUUUGCAUAUUCUUGGGAUCAUGUUUUGCAAUCAACUUGUUCAAGAAUAUGCUCAUGCAAAACAGUGCUGUCUCUGCAAGAUCGAAAGGAGUCAUUUUUGAGGAUUGUUCAGUCAAGGUAACGUUAGUUGUCCUGCUAAGUAAUAUAUGUAUGGCAAUGAACUG